AAUUUGUGUUGUGCCUUAAUCACGAUGUUGUAAUAUUUCCUUUCAGUUCUAAAGGAAAAAAUGCUACAGUUUUAUAAGGAAAUAAAUGAAAUGUACUCAGCAGUUUCCUUUCGGUUAAAUAUUCAUAUGUUUUGACCUCCCGUGUUACUUUUGAAAUUUCUAAAAGAUCCUCUUUGACAAUGUUUCUUGUUGGGCUUACUGGAGGUAUUGCCUCUGGUAAAAGCUCAGUGUCAACAUUUCUCCGUAAUAUGGGUAUUGAAAUUAUUGAUGCAGAUGUCAUAGCUCGAGAAGUUGUUGAACCUGGUAAAAGAGCUUGGCGAAGAAUUCGUGAAGAAUUUGGCGAAGGUGUAUUUCACAGUGAUGGAACACUGAACCGUCCAGCUUUAGGACAAGUUGUCUUUUCACAGCCAGAAAAGCGCAAAGUUCUCAACUCUAUUACACAUCCUGAAGUUUUCAAAUCUAUGUUCUUUAAAGCUGCCAAGUUAUUUUUCUGUGGUCAUCAGUUUGCUGUUCUUGAUGUCCCUCUUUUAUAUGAAAGUGGAAACUUAUAUAAAUAUGUUCAUAAAACUGUUGUAGUGACAUGUGAACCUGCUCAGCAAUUAGAAAGACUCAUGGCUAGAGACAAUCUAUCAGAAACUGAUGCGCUGGCUCGCAUCAAUGCUCAAAUGUCAUUGGCUGAGAAAGCGAAAAGAGCAGAUUUUGUCAUUUCAAAUACAGGGGAUAGAGAAAAUACAAGAGAGCAAGUUGAAACUUUAGUGAAGCAGUUGAAGAAUUUGAAAACUCAUUGGAAAUACCGUUUCAUAUUUUUAGGUUCUGUGUUGAUUACUGUUGGUGUAAUUGGAGUGGGGCCUUACAUGUUGUACAAAUAUUUAAAGCCCUGAAUGCAAUAAUAGAAGCAAAAUUCAUGUUAAUAUAUCUGUUCUAUUUAACAGCUAUGAUUUGAUAAUUUUUGUCUGAUAUCGUCUCAAUUAUAUAACAUCUGUCUUUCCAGUAUUGUAUUAUUUGAAAAAUUUAUUUUAUAUCACUGGAUAUAAUAUAAAACUGAUAGGAUAUUAUGAAAAGGUUUGGUACAUUAGGUUUAUUUUUGAUGAUAAAUAUAGAUUUUGUUUUAAAUAACUACAUCAGUCACUGAAAGAAUUAUUUUGAAUUAAAUCAUAAGGUCUGUGAUAAUUUUUAAGAUAAAUAGGAAAGUAAAGCUAUUGGCAACAAAUACUGUUGAUCAAUUUAAUAUAUUCAUUCAUGCCAUUGUUGAUAUUAUAAAAAUUGUAAAAGAUAAAAACUAUAAUAUUUUUUUUUAUUUUUAAAAGAUUUCUUUCAUUUAAACCUUAGUAAAAAGGAAUCUUUAUAUUAAAAUUAUUUAUCUUGUACAUUUACUUGAAUUCUAAAUGAUUAAUCAAAUUCUUUUUCUGUAUUUUUUGGAUUUUAAUUAUGAUCAAUACUGUACUUUUAUACAAGCUUUCAUUGUUAUUACUGUCACAAUUAAUUUUGUUUUGUUAUUCUUUUUUUUUCUCCCAAAUGUACUAACUUUCAUGAGUUUAAAGCAAAAUAAUAAUAAAAAAUGUAUACAAUUAUUUUCACAUUAGUUUGGAUCCUUCUUUUUAAGUAUUGUUUUGAUUUGAAUUUCAAAGAAUAUUUGAUUCAAGCCAUUUUGAGAAAUGAAAGUGAUUUGAAAAUUUUAUGUGUUAGGGUUAAUGAAUAGAUUUUUUUUAGAUGUUUGUAUGUUUAAAAAAAAAAUCCCAUUUAAUUAAAAUCUUUUAAGAACUAAUAAGAUCAUCUGAAAUAAGGAGAUUCACAACCGUCAAAUAAACUCCAUCAAACAUCAAAAUUUUUAUCAAAUGAACUAUCAUGCUUAAAGAAAUUUGAUAUUUUUUGUCAUUUUUUUUUUUUUUUUUAAGUUUUUGAAAUUGAAGUGCAAUAAAACUCAGGUUCUGUUUCCUUUAAAUAUAUACUUUACCCAUAAACUACAUCAAGCCUUUGUCAACUCUUUGAAUUUCACAUUACUUUGUGAUUACCUUUUACUACAAUUUUUAUCUAAUUUAAUUAUAAAGGAAAUUUUUUUUCUUGUAAAUCUUCUAUUAUUAACUUUUCACAUUUAGUCUGUCCAUUCUGAAGUAUCAUUAUAUUAAUGUUACUGUCAUAAACAUUUUUUGAAAAUGAAUGUGAAAACUUUGUAAUUAUUAUAUUUUGACAAAAACUGUCCUCAAAAUAAAGAAAAGUAAAUUUUUGUAAGCAAACUUUAAAAAAAAAAAAUUCUGAUUUGAAAUGAAUUAUAUGUUUGUUUUAUAUGUAUGUUUAUAUAAAUGCAUUACUAAUUUGUCAGCUAAAAAAAUCUAUUAUGACCAGAAAAUGUGCAAUAUAACUUAUAGUCUGUCAUCAAGGCAUUAGUAUGAAAAUAUUUAAAUUUUAUU